AUGGCGGACACCGUAGUGGUGUGUGCCUCGUGUCCGGAGAAGUUCCACGAUGAAGCGGCUCAACUUUGUGCCGGCAGUGGCAUGCUGAAGGCAUUUGGCAAGUCCGGAGACAUGGUCAACUCGCUCAGUGGCAAGGACUGGGUUGCCAAGUGGGAGGCCAAGGUGGUCACCUGCGUAGUUACAGCGGUGCGUCUGGUGGGCGCCCAGAAAGCGCGGAUUCUUUGCGUGGAAGGAGGCAAACAUUGCGACUUGGAGCUCGCCGCCCAGCCGAAGCUGGUCCGAGCCAUCCGAACCGAGCUGGAAGAUCAGGAGUUCCAGGUGCGGGUCGAGUGGAUGGGUUAUGUCGACCUCAAGCAUGAGGCUGCCUCUCUUUGCAAGGCCAAAACGACGACUUCCAAGAAGGGAUCCCAAGCUCCUCCCGCCGCACCGCCGAAGCAGAAGGUCGAGGACAAGGGCAAGGCAGCGCUUUGCAAGUACUUCGCCGAAGGCAAGUGUACCAAAGGCAAGGCCUGUACCUACUCCCAUGUAAAUCCAGAGGCUGUGAAUCAAAACGCCGCGAUUCAGAUGAAGCCUUGCAAGUAUUUUGCUGCUGGCAAGUGUGACAAAGGGGCUGCCUGCACCUACUCUCACACCACUCCAACGGUUGUGGCUGACAAAUCCAAGGACAAUACCCAGUCAGCCCGACAAGAAUCGAAGCCGCCUGUUUCCGGAUGGGCAUUCAAGUGCGCGGGCUGCAAAUCAUAUCCCAUGCAGGGCAAGGCAAUUUUUGCGUGUAUGGACUGCGACGACUUCGUUUGCUCAAGAUGCCAGAGUCGCAAGGCCGACUUCCAUGAUCCAUCUCACAAGUUCACUCAGUUCCACCCCGGACCUCCGGACUACUACAGAUGUGGACAAAAGGGUUGUAAGGAGAGUUUCGUGAACGAGAAGGAACUGGGUCAGCAUCAGAAGCAAACCAAGCACGCAGGCUCGCUGGGGUGUGUGCUGACUUGCUUUCAGUGCGACAAAGACUUCGACAACUUGGUCUCUUUAGAGCAGCACUGUGCCGCAAAGAGCCACGAUCCCUUGUGGAAGGCUUCCAAGAAGCCACAGGCCAAGGCAAAGCCAGCUGCACAGCCACAGCGGGGCAAUGCCCAGGCAAAGAGUACCAUCAGCGUUUGUCCAGUUUGUUUGAAAGAUUUCAAUACCUUGGAAGCCAUGGAGCAGCACAUGCGGGAUUCAGGCCACUGUUUCGGCAUGCCACCGGGAAGUGUUCAAUGCGGAACGUGCGACAAGUGGUUUGCCUCAACGCAAGCCUGUAUGCAACAUAUGGAGGAUGCCCAUGGAGACAUGCUGAGGCUCCCUGGAAUGCCUGCCAGCCUUUUUCGCCAACUACAUGGAAUCAGAUGA